CAGACAGACCUCCGGGACCCCAGACAGACCUCCGGACUCCCAGACAGAGCUCCGGGACCCCAGACAGAGCCCCGGGAUCCCAGACAGACCUCCGGGACCCCAGACAGACCUCCGGACUCCCAGACAGAACCCUGGGACCCCCAGCCAGACUCCCGGGACCCCAGGCAGAGCUCCGGACCCAUAGGCAGACCCCCGGGAUCCCCAACCAGAGCACCGGGACCCCAUCCAGACCCACCAGAAACCCAGCCAGACCCCUGGGGUGACCACCAGCCAGACCCCCAGGACCACCAGUCAGAUCCCUGGGACCCCAUCCAGACUCCUCCAGAACCUCAGACAGACGCUCAGGACCCCCAGCCAGACCCCUGGGCUGACCCCCACCCAGACGCCUCAAAACCCCUUCUGGAUCCCCAGAACCCCCAGUCAGACACCCAGACCCCUGGGGUGACCCCCAGCCAGACCCCUGGACUCCCAGCCAGACUCUCAGGGUGACCCCCAGACCCCCUGGGUGACACUCCCAAACCAGGUCCCCAGAAGCCCCAACCAGACCCGUGGGACCCACAGCCAGACCCCUGGGGUGACCCCUAAACCAGACCCCCAGGGAGCCCCCCAGCCCUCCUGCCACCCCUGACCUUGACCCCCCCCCCCAGCCCUCACCCUCUGCUCCCCCAGGCAGGUGCCCUCGCGCCUCUGCAGCCCGGGCGGGAGGGGGUCCCGGGGGCACCAUGGGGUCCCUGUUCCGCAGCGAGGAGGUUUGCCUGGCCCAGCUCUUCCUCCAGUCCGCCUCGGCCUACAGCUGCAUCAGCGAGCUGGGCGAGCGGGGGCUGCUGGAGUUCAGGGAUCUGAACCCCAAAGUCAGCGCCUUCCAGCGGCGCUUCGUGGGCGAGGUGCGGCGCUGCGAGGAGAUGGAGAAAACCUUCUCGUUCCUGCAGCAGGAGCUGCGUGCGGCGGGCCGGGCGCCGGGGCCGUGUGCCGGGAGCCCGCGGGCGCCGCUGGCGCGGGAGGCGCUGCGGCUGCAGGAGCAGUCGGAGCAGCUGGCGCAGGAGCUGCGCGAGGUCAGCGGCAACCGCGCGUCCCUGCGCGCCCGCCUGCGCGACCUGCGCCGCUACCUGCACGUCCUGCGCGAGGGACAGCGCUUCACCAGCCUGCCGGCUCCCCUGGGCUCCCCGGCGCGGCCGCGGGCGCUCUCGGAGCGUGAGCCCAUCCUCGACCCUUCCCUGCACCAGCAUCUCGACCGCAAGAUCAACUUUGUGGCCGGUGUCAUUCACCCGUGGCGGGUCAGCGCCUUCGAGCGGCUGCUGUGGCGCGCGUGCCGUGGCUACCUGGUGGCCAGCUUCGUGGAGAUGCCCGAGCCCAUGGAGGACCCGGCCACGGGCGAGGACAUCACCUGGGUCAUCUUCCUCAUCUCCUACUGGGGUGAGCAGAUCGGGCAGAAGAUCCGCAAGAUCUCAGCCUGCUUCCACUGCCACGUCUACCCCUACCCGGAGAGCGAGGCCAGCCGGGCGGACACCAUGACCGGGCUGGUCAACCAGAUCCAGGACCUCAGCGUGGUGCUGGAGGAGACGGAGCAGUACCUGGCGCAGGUGCUGGACAAGGUGGUGGUGGCGCUGCCCACCUGGCGGGUGCAGGUGCAGAAGAUGAAGGCCAUCUACCUCGUCCUCAACCAGUGCAGCUUCGACGUCACCGAGAAGUGUCUCAUCGCCGAGGUCUGGUGUCCCGUGCGGGACCUCACCCAAGUGCAGGACGCCCUGCGCCAGGGAUCGUACACGAGUGGCUCGAGCGUCGAGUGCUUCGUGCAGCGCGUCCCCACCUCCGAGAGCCCCCCCACCCUCAUCCGCACCAACAAGUUCACCGCCGGCUUCCAGAGCAUCGUGGACGCCUACGGGGUGGCCAGCUACCAGGAGGUGAACCCUGCACCCUACGCCAUCAUAACCUUCCCCUUCAUCUUCGCUGUCAUGUUUGGGGACGUGGGGCACGGGCUGCUCAUGUUCCUCUUUGCUCUCUGGAUGGUGCUGUAUGAGAACAGCCCCAGCCUGCGACAGGCCACCAACGAGAUCUGGCAGACGUUCUUUGAGGGACGCUACCUCAUCCUGCUCAUGGGGGCCUUCUCCAUCUACACCGGCUUCAUCUACAAUGAGUGCUUCAGCAAAGCCACCGUCAUCUUCCCCUCUGCCUGGAGCGUGGCCACCAUGGCCAACCACUCCUCCUGGAGCUCUGACUACCUCGCCACCCACCCGUCCCUCACCCUGGACCCCAACGUCACCGGUGUCUUCCGAGGGCCCUAUCCUUUCGGGAUCGACCCAAUCUGGAGCUUGGCCACCAACCAUCUCAACUUCCUCAACUCCUUCAAGAUGAAGAUGUCCGUGGUGCUGGGCAUCGUGCACAUGGGCUUUGGUGUCAUGUUGGGGAUCUUCAACCAUGUGCACUUCCAGCAGUGGCACCGGCUGGUGCUGGAGCUCCUGCCCGAGAUGAUUUUCCUCCUGGCGCUCUUCGGCUACCUCGUCUUCCUCAUCUUCUACAAGUGGGUGACGUUCAGCGCUGCCGACUCCAUGGUGGCCCCCAGCAUCCUCAUCCACUUCAUCGACAUGUUCCUCUUCACCUCCAACCCCGGCAACCUGCCGCUCUACCGGGGGCAGGUGCCAGUGCAGACGGUGCUGGUGGUGCUUGCGCUGGCGUCGGUGCCCGUCCUGCUCCUGGGGACACCGCUCUACCUGCGCUGCCGGCGGCGUGCACCCAGGACGGGACAUCCCGCGCCGGUGGCCGCGGAGGAGCAGGAGCCGCUGCUGGAGGGGCAGGAAUCCGGCAACUCCGUCAACACGACCAAGGAGGACAUGGAGAGCGGGGGGCAUAGUGGUGACGCUGAGCAUCGGGAUUUUGCUGAGAUCUUCAUGCAUCAGGCGAUCCACACCAUCGAGUACUGCCUGGGCUGUGUCUCCAACACCGCGUCCUACCUGCGGCUCUGGGCGCUCAGCCUGGCCCACGCGCAGCUCUCGGAGGUGCUGUGGACCAUGGUGAUGCGUCACGGCUUUGUGGGGCUGCGCUACGUGGGCGGCGUGGUGCUGGUCCCCGUCUUUGCCGCCUUCGCCGUGCUGACCGUGGCCAUCCUGCUGGUGAUGGAGGGGCUCUCGGCCUUCCUGCAUGCCCUGCGCCUGCACUGGGUGGAGUUCCAGAAUAAGUUUUACGUGGGCGCCGGGUACAAGCUGAGCCCCUUUGCCUUCGCGCCCCACGCCGGGGAGUGACUGCGCCGUGGGGAUGCCGGGGGGUCAGAGCAGCAGCUGGACCCGAUCCCCCACCCUGCUGGGGGUGCUGGGGGGCAGGGUCCCCCCCAAGCCCCCCUGCUGCAGCAUCGUCCUCAUCCCCUCUGUGGUAGCGAAUAAAACUGUCCCCAGGG